ACGACUAAUACAAUACGAGGACGAGGUCCCUAAGUCUCAUUAUCACGCAUUCAUACCUUUAUAAUGAACAAUAACAACAAUUGUAGCAUUCUUGGGCGUGAAGGCGAAUCAUAGCGCGGACGACGGAUCUCAAAUUACGUUUGAUAUUACAAUUUACAAUUGUUUAUUGUAACGAUUAACGAUAACGAAAUUUAAAUUAGUAUUUUAGUGAUAGGUAUUUAAUCAUUAAGUUUUGUUCGUGGAAUGUCUUACAAUUGUUAAAAUCUAUAUAAAAUAAAUGCAUUUUUUCUUUUAAAUAAUAUCGUCUGAGCUUUGUCAUUUUUUUUCGUUUCCUACAUUGGAAAUAUGUUUUUCGUUAAUAAUUUGCUGUCCGUUAUUGCAUUAAUCAUAGUUGUAAUAAACUCGAGUGAGUCCUUGGAAUGUUAUGUUUGUACAAAUCAAGAUCAAAACCAUGAAAAAUGUUUGAACACAAUCAAGACAUGUGAACCAGAAGAAGAUAUGUGUUUAUCAGAAAUCAGUUGGGGAUCUCCACCAUAUUGGGUUGAAGGAGGGAUCAAACAAUAUUAUGUAUCAAAGAGGUGUGCCACAAGAGCUACAUGUGAAGCUGUAAAAACAAAAACAAUGCCCUAUUGCACUUACCUAUGGUAUCAAGAUUGGAAAUGUGCUGAAUGUUGCUUAGGCGACCGUUGUAAUUUUUAUAUCACUAUGGGUAGUAGUGCAGUAAAAUCCAAUCUAAUUGUGUUAUUGACAUGCAUCGCCAUAUUAAUUGGAUUCCACGUUAACAAAACCAUAUAGCUGAAUUCCAAAUAGUUGUUGUUUUCAGCCUUAAAAUUUUUUUUUAUUAAUUGACUUAAAUUGUAAUUAUUUUAAUACUAAAAACCAUUAAGUUCAACUAUAGGUCACAUUAAUUUCUGCUCUAUUUUAUUUAUAAGCAUUUAUAUAUUUGGGUCAUUUUUUAAGUAUACCUAUCUUAUUUUUAURAUUGAAUCAUGUAAAUAUUCUAAUUCUGGUGUUUGGAGUUUUUAAACACACUUGAAGACUAUAUUUUGAAAUCCUCAAGAUUUUUUGUACCAUUUGAGGUUGAUCUUGUGAUAAUACAAACUUUUGUUUUUCAUGUAGUAACCCUCCUCUUUAAUUUUUAAUUAUUUGUGAUAAUUUUGAUGUAUCUAAUUUAAAAUUCUUUAACCAAUAAGUUUUUGUUUACAUAACUUUAUGUAAUAAGAUUAAUAUAUUAUCUAUAGUAUUGAGUUAGGUAGAAUAAAACAAUUAACUAUAAACAAUU